AAAGCUUGCAGAAAACUACAACUUUAAAACUCUAAACUUUUCUCAGCCACAGUGUGCAGGCUUAUCAGAUGGUAGAUUUUUGACAAAUCCCACACCAGGAAUUUAGAAGCAUGGGAAGUAGAGAAAUCAAAUCCCCUCAAGGGGUGGCUGAAACUCCCAGUGGAUUGGAUGAACGUUCAGAAUCAUUUCAGAGGAAGAAGCUCGGGAUGUUCUUCGUCGAAUCCGAUGAUCGGAGGACGGCGUUCGGGCGCGGUUACACCGGAGGAACAACUCCAGUUAACAUCCGUGGCAAACCCAUAGCUGAUCUUUCAAAGACUGGUGGCUGGAUUGCAGCCUUCUUCAUUUUUGGGAAUGAAAUGGCAGAGAGAAUGGCUUAUUUUGGGCUUUCAGUGAACAUGGUAGCCUUUAUGUUCUAUGUGAUGCAUAGGCCAUUUACCAGUUCCUCAAACGCAGUUAACAACUUCCUUGGCAUCUCACAAGCCUCCUCUGUUCUUGGCGGUUUCCUCGCCGAUGCAUAUCUCGGUCGGUAUUGGACGAUCGCGAUCUUCACGACCAUCUAUCUCGGGGGCUUGAUAGGAAUAACUCUAUGUGCUACAAUCAGUGCAUUUGUGCCAAACCAAGAGAAAUGUGACCAAUUGUUACUGCUUCUAGGGAAAUGUGAGCCAGCAAAGGGAUGGCAAAUGGCUUAUCUCUACACAGUCCUUUAUUUGACAGGCUUUGGGGCUGCUGGUAUAAGGCCUUGUGUGUCUUCUUUUGGGGCUGAUCAGUUUGAUGAAAGAAGUAAAGAUUACAAGGCUCAUCUUGAUCGCUUUUUCAACUUCUUUUACCUUUCUGUCACCAUUGGAGCCAUUGUGGCCUUCACUGCUGUUGUUUACAUACAAAUUCAGCAUGGAUGGGGGGCUGCUUUUGGCUCCCUAGCUGUAGCCAUGGGCUUUUCCAAUGUCGUCUUCUUUGUCGGUACUCCUUUGUACCGGCACCGGUUGCCCGGAGGUAGCCCUCUCACGAGACUCGCCCAGGUCCUCGUGGCGGCUUUCAGGAAGAGAAACACCUCGUUUUCUAGCAGCGAGUUGGUCGGCUUGUACGAGGUUCCUGGCAAGCAAUCUGCUAUCAAGGGUAGUGCAAAGAUCCUUCACUCUGAUCAUUUCAGAUGUCUGGACAAGGCGGCGUUGCAAUUAAAGGAAGAUGGAAGUGAUCCAAAUCCUUGGAGGCUUUGCACAGUGACUCAAGUUGAGGAAGUGAAAAUCCUUUUGAAGCUAAUUCCAAUACCAGCUUGCACGAUCAUGCUGAAUUUGGUUCUAACAGAGUAUCUCACUCUUUCAGUACAACAAGCAUAUACCUUAAACACUCACAUAGGCCGUCUUAAACUCCCUGUCACAUGCAUGCCAGUCUUCCCUGGCCUCAGCAUAUUCCUCAUACUCUCCCUCUACUACUCCAUAUUCGUUCCGAUCGCUCGACGCAUCACCGGCCACCCGCAUGGCGCCUCUCAGCUACAGAGAGUCGGCAUUGGCCUAGCGAUCUCGAUAGUCUCAGUCGCUUGGGGUGGGGUAUUUGAGAGAUACCGAAGAAACUACGCCAUCAAAAAUGGUUAUGAGGCCAGUUUUUUGACCCCUAUGCCCAACUUGAGUGCCUACUGGCUGCUAAUUCAGUAUUGUCUCAUUGGCAUAGCAGAAGUGUUUUGCAUCGUUGGGUUGCUCGAGUUCUUAUACGAGGAAGCCCCCGACGCCAUGAAGAGCAUCGGAUCAUCAUACGCCGCUCUCGCAGGCGGAUUGGGGUGCUUCGGGGCAUCGUUGUUGAACAGCAUUAUCAAAUCCGUCACCGGGAAUCCAAACCGGAGAAUCCCAUCUUGGCUUUCUCAAAAUAUCAACACGGGACGAUUUGACUACUUCUACUGGCUUCUCACAGUCAUGAGCUUCAUCAAUUUCUGCAUCUUCUUGUACUCAGCUCGAAGAUACAAGUACAGGAAACAGCAUGAGAUUGGAGAAGGAAUAAUGGAAAAUGGAAGAGAUAACAAGAUGUGAGAUUCAUCCACUUCCUUUCAAUAUUUUGGAAGAGUUUGAGUAGGAGAAAUUAUUCAACGUGACUGUUACACUUGAAUGAUUGAACGUUGGGUCAAAAAGGAUUUCUUAACCUAUCUGGUAGUACAUUUACUGCAGUAAAUUUGUUGGAUUAGAGUUGAGCAUUGGAAUUUAAUGCUGUAAUUCCAUUGACCAACCAAAAGGUAGUUGGCAAUUAUGAAGGAAUUAAAUGGUGGGCAGUGAGCAACACAGUGCCCAUUUUUCUCUU